AUGGUAAAAAUCGGCAACGGCAGUGUCAAGCCGGGAACUUCUCAUCCAUCAUUCAAGUCAUACAAUUUGUACAUGGAUACUGCAGUGAUUUGCUUUGGUUGCAAUGUGAGGGGUGUCGGGGACCUGGUGGCAGAUGCUUCCUGCAGAAAGAGCCCGUUUACCCAAAUCAGGGGUCGAGCUCUUACCAUCCCCUCAUUUGUGAUAAGCAUAGACUAUGUGUGCCGAAUCAGUGCAUCAACGUUCCGAUUUGGAAAAAUCGAGGUUUUGAAAAGCCUGGUUUUCGGCUGUGGGUUGGAUAACCGGAAGAAUUACGGUGACAAUGGAGAUAAUAAAUUUUCCGGAAUAAUGGGACUCGGAUGGGGUUCAUAUUCGAUUCUCGAUCAGGCCAACUUGUUAACAGAAGGAUGUAGUAAAAAGAGGGAACUUAACAUCAACAACAAGAAGCUCAAAGUUUCGGAUCAAGAUUUCAGAUUAAGAGAUGAUGGCACGGGAGGCUGCAUAAUAGACUCUGGGACACCAUUCUCAUGGCUCAUAAAGCCAGCUUAUAUAGUGUUGGAAAAAACACUGACGAGUUAUUUCAGGGGAGAAAGAGACUUGAAGGCAUAA